CGGGAUGCGAUUGGGCAGCGUGCGUGGCGGCCGGCUCCGCCCCGGCCCGCUCCGCCCGCCGAAGGUGGAGAGCGUCGACUCCGGGUGCCUGGCUGAGCAUGAAGCGGCGCAGCGAGCAGGGCAGAGAGGCGCCCACCGCCAAGGGGAUCGCCGCCGCCGCCGCCGCACCUUCCUCCUCCUCCUCCUCCUCCUCCUCGAUGGGCCAGGCGGCCUCCAGCGCCGGGCUGCCCCAGCUGCCUGCCGCCGGGGGACUGCUAUCAUGGUUUGAAAAACUAUCGAUUAAGAACGUGCUGCGGGAUGUAUUUAUUUGUUAUGCCUCACUUCCUUUCAUCAUUCGGCUGUUUCCUUCGCUGCUACGAAAGUUCGUCUAUCUCAAUUUCAUCUCUAUUCCCUUCUGGACGGAUUUCCAUAAGCCCGAAGUCUUCUUGGGUCACACACAAAACUUCUAUCUCACCCCUGAGCCAGGGAUCACACUCGGUAUUUGGCACACCCUCCCCGACAACCGAUGGAAGGAGGCAGAAGGGAAGGACCUCAGCUGGUACCAAGAGGCCCUUGCAGAUGAUAAUCCUGUGAUCAUCUAUCUCCAUGGCAACGGGGGCACCAGGGCAACAGGUCACAGAGUUUCUCUCGCAAAGGUCAUGAGCGGCGGAGGCUUUCAUGUCCUGAGUGUCGACCACAGAGGGUAUGCCGACUCCACUGGACAGCCUAGUGAGAAUGGCUUCACGGCAGACGUUUUGUAUAUUUAUGAUUGGGUGAAGGCACGGAGUGGAAAAAGUACUGUGAUUAUGUGGGGGCACUCCCUUGGCACGGGAAUUUCUACCAACACUGCCAGGCACCUCAAAGAAAAAGGAAUUGUAGUCGAUGCAAUUGUUCUAGAAGCUCCUUUUACAAACAUCCGCGAUGCGGCUGCCGAAAUCCCCAUCACAAAAAUCUACCGCAAGUUUCCUGGCUUUGAGUCCUUAAUCUUGGACACGAUGGCACGGGCCGAGAUGUACUUCCCCAGUGACCAAAAUGUCAAGGUGUUGUCCAGUCCUAUCCUGAUCUUACACGCAGAAGAUGAUGUAAUGAUACCUGUCCACCAAGGGAGAAAGCUCUUUGAGAUUGCACGCAAUGCCUCCGAGAAGAAAGAAAACAUCCAGUUUAUUCCCUUCCCUUCUGCCAAGGGCUUUGGACAUGACCACAUCUCCUCUAACCCUGAACUCCCAGAUAUUCUGAAAGAUUUCCUCAAAAGCAUUAAGUGACAUCGACAACAAGGUGUCCAGCCACUGACACUGAGCCACCCAUGAAGAAAGUUCACAGUUUUCAGACCGAUUUGCCACGGAUAAUAAAACCAACACUGAAAGAG